AUGGAUCCAUUUCAAAAUCCCAUCCCCUCUACUUCUGGUUCUGUAGCCGAAUUGGAAAAGAUAUUACAGACUUGGGAAAAUCCUUCGGAAGGUAUUGGUGCAGAAGUAACCAUCGAAGAUGAUAUUCUAAGUGAUAGAGACCUUCUCGGAAUAUUGCAAGAUGAUAUCAUAGACGAAUAUAUAAUGUCACCAACUCACAUAAUCGAUCCUACUGAAAUUUUUUUCGAAGAAGAUCCACUGUCCAUUGCUGUUGAGCAAACAGGAUGGACCAUCGGCAACCCAUCACGAGAAAGCCAAAAUCUUUUUGAGUUUCGUGGGGAACCUGGACUCAAAGUCAAUCUUGGAGAUCAUCCUGUUGAUUACUUCCGAGCUAUAAUGACAAACACUUGCUUUCAAACAUUGAUAAGAUGCACGAAUGAUUACGGAAAUAGAUUAAAAAGCCAUGCCACAGUAAGUGCACGAGCAGUUACUUGGAAAAACGUAAGUAACUUUUUCUAG